AUGUACUCCAACAAUGCCGCCAACGAGAGCAACACAACAGUCACAUUUCUCAAGUAUCUGCCCAUCGUGGCUGGAAUCGGAGAUUGUGUUCUGGAUCCGUCUGAUGCCUCCAGCUGUGAGACACAUGUUGUAACGCCUCUGGUGAAAGCCGUUAGAUCGAGCAUAUCGAACUUCUAUAUGCAACAGAAGAAAAUUCACGCAAACUUUUAUGCGAGAUUGGCCGAAUGGCGCUCCGAGGCCGAGAUGUUCGUGACAGACUUUACCCAUUACGAUGUUAGCGACAUCAGCAUGGGAAAUUACUUCGGCCUUCCUCAAAUAGCCGCGACGCUAUUGAACCCUGCAUCCCUUCGCUCUUCGCUCUACUCAUAUUGGCUUCGCAUCAAGACCGUCUUACUCUCCUAUGAUGCCGGACUUUGGUCUGCUACUGCAUCUGAUGUGACUGCGGUAUUCACAACUGCUGAUACAUUUAAAGUGGCCUUCCAUAAGGGUGCAGUCUUGGUAAAGGACGCCGCGCUCACUGGACUGGCUACUUCCGCUAUCAAUGUCGCUUGGGUGCUGGAUGAUGUCUUCAUUGCUAAGAUCUCGGGUGACGUGAACAAGGAAAAGGCUGAAGACAUGAAUCUUUCAAUUCUCGGUGACAACGCCCGCACCUGUGACGGCAACGGCACAUGUUACUUCUUCAUCGUCGACCAGCAAAUCAGCAACCUCAAGGACAACAAGUGGGUGGCAGCCAAGGGUCUUGACAAACUCGUGAACUACAACAUCACGCUGCUCGAGUUUGCCAAGUCGGCCGAGUGGUAUCAAGAUCAGUUCGGUGGCUACCUCCCGGAGCUCAAUUCUUCGCAGCUCCUCCAAUCCUUGCAGAGCAAUGGCACUCGUCCGUCUUUGAGUUACUUUGUCAACAUGCCACUUGUUGAUUAUGACAGCCUGACUACUAUCACCUCAAACGAGACUUACACCGGGGCGAACUCUACGGAAGAAGUCUUCUUGAAUGUCCUUGCGCAGGGCAUUAGCAGCCUCAAGGGUUGGCCGUACUAA